AGGGCCAGAAUAGCAGUAGUAUCGCGUCAGCCUCGGCGAUCCAUUCGUUUGCGGGGACGUUUGCUGCUUCUUCCCUCAAAAUGGGGGAUAAAAAGGAUUUGGAAAAUGGGGAUGGCUUGGCGGAGAAGAUUCGUAAACCAAUUAAAUUACCAAUGCUGCCAAAGAAUCUUAAUCUAGAUGAGAAGAAGUAUCUCAUGGCUGUUGAGAGAGGGGACAUCGCGAAUGUUAGACGAAUGAUCCAAAGAGCCCACCGAAAGAACCACAUAGAUUUAAAUUGUGUGGAUUCUCUCGGUCGCGGUGCUUUGACUCUCGCCAUUGAUGGAGACAACCUGGAGAUGGUGGAGCUCCUUGUGGUGAUGGGUGUACAGACCAAAGAUGCCUUGCUCCAAGCAAUUAACGCAGAGUUCGUUGAAGCUGUUGAAUUGUUAUUGGAGCAUGAAGAGUUGAUACACAAGCAUCCAGCACCAUAUAGCUGGCAAACAGUGGAUCCGACGACAGCCCUCUUCACACGUGACCUCACUCCACUUGUUUUAGCGGCACAUAAGAACAACUACGAAAUAAUCAAAAUCCUUCUCGACAGAGGUGCAACGUUACCAGAUCCUCAUGAUAUACGAUGCGGCUGCGAUGAAUGUAUAAUAGAUUCAACUGAAGAUCCAUUACGACACUCUCUCGCCCGUCUCAACGCGUACAAAGCCAUGGCGUCCCCGUCUCUUAUAGCUUUAUCUUCUACCGACCCAAUUUUGACUGCAUUUGAACUGUCUUGGGAACUACGGAACUUGGCGUAUGCUGAACAGGAAUGUAAAGCAGAGUACCUUGAACUACGUUGUCAAGUGCAAAGGUUCGCUGUAGAUCUCCUCAACCAGUCUCGAAGCUCUCAGGAGUUGGCCAUCAUCCUGAAUCAUGAUCCCGAGGAGCCAUUUGAAGAAGGAGACCAUAUGAAGUUGGCUAGAUUGGAACUGGCUGUCGAUUUUAAACAAAAGAAUUUCGUAGCUCAUCCAAAAAUCCAGCAACUUCUAGCGUCUUUAUGGUACGCGGGAGUUCCAGGAUUCCGACGCAAGUCAAAUAUAGAGAAAAUGUUCAUCAUUAUGCGAGUAGCAUUACUAUUCCCGUACUACUGUCUACUGUAUAUGGUAGCACCGAAUUGUGAUACUGGGAAGCUGAUGAGGAAGCCAUUCAUGAAGUUUUUGAUACAUGCAUCAAGUUAUUUGUUCUUUUUACUAAUCUUGAUAUUGGUAUCACAAAGAGCAGAAGUUCAAGUCGUUCAACUAUUCGGGCCUGAGUGGAUGGUGAAGAAGGUAGAAGAAGAACUGAAGAGACAGAGGGGGAAUGGCCCCACUGUUUUGGAAAUACUUGUUCUUGUAUAUGUGAUUGGUUUCAUUUGGGAAGAAACACAAGAGAUGUACACCGAAGGCUUUCGCGCUUAUCUCCGCAACAUGUGGAACUUUAUCGACUUCACCCGUAACACGUUAUAUGUGUCCGUUGCGUUGCUACGUUUUGUGGCUUAUUUGCAGCAAAAUGCUGAGAUAAAACGCGAUCCCAACACAAGAUUUAUACCAAGAGAGCAGUGGGAUGAUUUCGACCCGCAGUUGAUUGCUGAGGGUUUAUUUGCUGCUGCGAACGUGUUUAGUGCGUUGAAACUGGUACAUCUAUUUUCUAUAAACCCUCACCUGGGCCCACUUCAGAUCUCGCUUGGGAGAAUGGUCAUCGACAUCGUCAAGUUCUUCUUUAUCUAUAGUCUUGUGCUGUUCGCUUUUGCUUGCGGUCUGAAUCAAUUGCUUUGGUAUUUCGCCGAUUUGGAAAAGCAAAAAUGUUACGCUUUACCCGGCGGUCUCCCGGAUUGGGAACACGCGGGUGACUCUUGCACUAAAUGGAGAAGUUUUGGAAAUGUAUUUGAAGCUUCGCAAUCACUUUUCUGGGCAUCGUUCGGCAUGGUCGGUCUGGACAGUUUCGAACUGGCCGGAAUCAAAAGUUACACCAGGUUUUGGGGUCUGCUGAUGUUUGGGUCCUACUCCGUUAUCAAUGUGAUCGUUCUACUGAACCUACUAAUCGCUAUGAUGUCCAAUUCGUACGCUCAUAUUGAUAAACAUUCAGACGUGGAAUGGAAGUACGCAAGGACACGUUUAUGGAUGUCAUAUUUUGAAGACAGUCCCACGUUACCACCGCCCUUCAACAUACUGCCAACACCAAAGCGAGUUAUGAAGAUCUUCAGUCUGAUGAAGAAGAAUAAGGAAGUUCAAGUUAAGGUGGAAAAAGAGAAAGAGGAUGAUGCACGGUACACAGCAGUUAUGCGUGCUUUAGUAUGGCGUUACGUGUCUGCUAUGCACAGGAAGCUGGAAGAGGAACCUGUCACGGAAGAUGAUAUUAAUGAACUGAAGGUAGAUGUAUCUGCAUUGAGAUACGAACUCCUGGAUGUGCUGGGAAGGAACGGAAUGGAUGUUUCUUUCACUAAUCGCAAGGAAAAAGCUGUUCUUGGCAAGCGCAUGAAAGUCUGGGAACGAAGGCUAAUGAAGGACUUUCAAGUGGGUCCUGUCUCCGUUAUGGAUGACGAGGGGAAGCCAGCGAAUGAAGAUGCCCUCGCCAGGUUCCGCAGAAUCGCUAGAAUGGCCGCCGCUGCCAACAGCAAUGAUAAAUGGAAACAAACGCUUGCUGCUACUGGAGUGUGUCUCUACAGGUCUCAAAUCGGUCGAUGCCGAACCCGUGAGUCGUUCAGAAGCCAGCAGAAACUGCAGCAGGCCAUUGAACAUGCUAAACGACUUGUUAUGCGUUCACCGCUACCAGAUGGAUCCCGGUCCACAUCUCCAGUUCAAAUGCCAGUGUCUCCCGGACACACACUGACGGAGCUGAUUAAGGAUAUUUCUCAGGAUGUUGGUGCCGUUGUUGAUAUGAGGACUCCAGUGCCUAACAGGGUCCAUGACAACCUUCUAAGUGUCCCGGGAUCAAUGGUAUCUCGAAGCCCAGCGCCUACAAACCAAGAAAGCAACACAGCUCGUAAGCCACGAUCACGAAGUUCUUCACCAAAUCGACCUCGGAGCUCGAGUCCAAACCCUGGAUCCAGCCCAACCCUUGCUAUUGGAGAUGACCGAUCAGUGGAUCCAAGUCCAUUAAAAUCAAAACGUGUGACUGAUCCCACUACGGUCCCAAAAGUUGUGAAAAGGAAAUCACCAUCACCAUCCAAUGAUCAGCAAGUAACGGAUGCAGAUGGUUGCGGUGACGCCGUGGCAAGACCAGUUGCUGGAGAGCUUCGACCGAAGGGCACCCUGCCUCCUCCACCGUGUCACAAAGCUAAGAUCCAAGCCCCAACAAUGGAAAUCACACCAUGCACUCCUAUAUGCCAACGUGCGUCAACAGCUGGUUCUGAACCAGCGCCAAAGGCAGAGUCUCAGGUGCCAGCAGUGCCAGUUCCUCCACCCAUGCCGGAUUCACCGGUCAAUUCAGUGACGGACAGUACGGAAUAUCUGAUACCAACUCCGGAACCUCUACAGCAAAGAUCUUUGGACGAGAACAUCAGGAGUAUUAGGAAAACAUCGAAAACUUGGCUCUAAUUUACCAUGAAAUUAUUAUUUUGCUAGUAAGCUUCAGAUCCGUAGAAAAGCGAUAUUAAAAUAUAUUUUUAGAAUGUCUUUAAUCCACGAAUAAUUUAAAGUAUUAUAUUUUCUACUUUUGUAUUGUGUAUAUAUGUGUGCCUUAUCAAAACCGUCCAAACAGUAUAUUUAAAAUUCUACUCGCUUAUAUCCUUAAUCCAUAGUUUAAUAUAGAAUUACUACUCCUCCCUAUAUUUUGUAUAAAAUUAUAAAUUAUUGUAUUUCCAGAUCCAAAAUAGAUUAAUAUACUUGCCGCAAGUUUUAAGUGUGCGUCAAGUGUAAACCCUGCCGCGUUAUUAAACAAUUAUACUUAGCAUUCUUGCACGUGUGAAAUUGUGUUAACCAAGGCACUCCAGUUACUCCCUUUUCUCCUUAUUUAUUAAUUCAAAGAUCCAUAAUUGCCGUAAUAUGCAAACAUAUUCUAGUCACUUUUGUAUGAUGUAUUUAAAGCAUUGUAUGUGUAAGCCGGCUAAUGUAAUUAUAAUAGUUUUUUUGCUUCUUUAUACAACGUAUUAAAUUUUAAUUUACGCGAGUACUACACAUUAGCUAUAUUCUAGUUAUAGUAUAGUAGUAGUAAAAAUGUAUUUGCAAGAAUAUGGUACAAAUGUAUGGAGGUGCAAUCUAAAGUUCGCAUUCUGCCACAA